CUGAUCUUCAUGAUGCUCUUAGCACCACUAGUUCAUGGUGGCAAGCACAGUGAGAGACAUCCAUCCUUUGCUGCUUCACUACGACAUGCUGAGCGCAGCCCAGGAGGCGCUCUACCUCCCAGACAUCUCCUCCAGCAGCCAGCUGCAGAGCGAGCCACUCCUCAUCGUGGACCAGGGCCUCGUGGAGCUGCCAGAGGAGUUCGUGGUCCAGGUGCCCAAGGAGCACAGAUUUCAGCCCAAGCCUUCAGCCGCGCCCCAAUUCCCAUGGCCGUGGUCCGCAGAGAGCUGUCCUGUGAGAGUUACCCCAUAGAGCUCCGCUGUCCGGGAACAGAUGUCAUCAUGAUUGAAAGUGCCAACUACGGGAGGACCGAUGACAAAAUCUGUGACUCGGACCCCGCUCAGAUGGAGAAUAUCAGAUGUUACCUGCCAGAUGCCUAUAAGAUUAUGUCUCAAAGAUGCAAUAACAGAACCCAGUGUGCCGUGGUGGCAGGCCCUGAUGUUUUCCCAGACCCUUGCCCAGGAACGUAUAAGUACCUUGAAGUGCAGUACGAAUGCGUCCCUUACAAAGUGGAACAAAAAGUUUUUCUUUGUCCUGGACUACUAAAAGGCGUGUACCAGAGUGAACAUCUAUUUGAAUCUGAUCACCAAUCUGGGGCUUGGUGUAAAGACCCUCUGCAGGCUUCUGAUAAGAUUUACUAUAUGCCCUGGACCCCAUACAGAACUGACACCCUAACUGAGUAUUCAUCCAAAGAUGACUUCAUUGCUGGAAGACCCACCACUACCUACAAGCUUCCUCAUCGGGUGGAUGGCACUGGCUUUGUAGUAUAUGAUGGAGCUCUAUUCUUCAAUAAAGAACGCACCAGGAACAUAGUCAAGUUUGAUUUGCGGACUAGGAUAAAGAGUGGAGAAGCUAUCAUCGCUAACGCCAACUACCAUGACACCUCACCUUACCGAUGGGGAGGAAAAUCAGACAUUGACUUGGCAGUGGAUGAAAAUGGCCUCUGGGUUAUCUAUGCAACAGAACAAAACAAUGGCAAAAUUGUCAUUAGUCAACUGAACCCUUACACGCUACGGAUUGAAGGGACGUGGGAUACUGCAUACGAUAAAAGGUCAGCUUCCAACGCGUUUAUGAUCUGUGGGAUUCUGUAUGUGGUCAAGUCUGUGUAUGAGGAUGAUGACAAUGAAGCCACUGGGAACAAGAUUGACUACAUUUACAACACGGACCAAAGCAAGGACAGUCUGGUUGAUGUACCCUUUCCCAACUCAUAUCAGUAUAUAGCAGCUGUGGAUUACAACCCCAGGGACAACUUACUAUAUGUAUGGAAUAACUACCACGUCGUGAAAUACUCCUUGGAUUUUGGACCUCUGGAUAGCAGAUCAGGACAGGCACAUCAUGGACAAGUUUCUUACAUCUCCCCACCAAUUCACCUGGACUCUGAGCUAGAAAGACCCCCUGUGAGAGGAAUGUCUACCACAGGACCUCUUGGAAUGGGUAGUACAACCACCAGUACCACCCUUCGGACCACAACCUGGAGUGCAGGACGUAGCACCACCCCAUCAGUACCUGGAAGGAGAAACCGGAGUACCAGCACCCCAUCUCCAGCUGUAGAGUUACUUGAUGAUGUCACUACACACCUGCCCUCAGCACCCUCCCAAAUCCCAGCGCAGGAAGAGAGCUGUGAGGCUGUGGAAGCCAGGGAAAUCAUGUGGUUUAAGACUCGUCAAGGACAAGUAGCAAAGCAGCCAUGCCCUGCAGGAACCAUAGGUGUGUCAACUUACCUUUGCCUUGCUCCGGAUGGAAUCUGGGAUCCCCAGGGACCAGACCUCAGCAACUGUUCUUCUCCUUGGGUCAAUCACAUAACACAGAAGUUGAAAUCUGGAGAAACAGCUGCCAACAUUGCAAGAGAGCUGGCUGAACAGACAAGAAAUCAUUUGAAUGCCGGAGACAUCACCUACUCAGUUCGGGCUAUGGACCAGCUGGUGGGCCUUCUUGAUGUCCAACUUAGGAACUUGACUCCAGGUGGCAAGGACAGUGCAGCUCGAAGUUUGAACAAGCUUCAGAAAAGAGAGCGCUCUUGCAGAGCCUAUGUCCAGGCGAUGGUAGAGACAGUUAACAACCUCCUUCAGCCACAAGCACUGAAUGCUUGGAAAGACUUGACUACAAGUGAUCAACUUCGUGCAGCUACCAUGUUGCUUGACACGGUGGAGGAGAGUGCUUUUGUGCUGGCUGAUAACCUUUUGAAGACUGACAUUGUCAGAGAGAACACAGACAAUAUUCAGUUGGAAGUGGCAAGGCUGAGCACAGAAGGAAACCUAGAAGACUUGAAAUUUCCAGAAAACAUGGGCCAUGGAAGCACCAUCCAGCUUUCUGCAAAUACACUGAAGCAAAAUGGACGAAAUGGAGAGAUCAGAGUAGCCUUUGUCUUAUAUAACAACUUGGGUCCUUAUUUGUCCACGGAGAAUGCCAGUAUGAAGUUGGGAAUGGAAGCUAUGUCCACGAAUCAUUCUGUCAUCGUCAAUUCCCCUGUUAUUACAGCAGCAAUAAACAAAGAGUUCAGUAAUAAAGUUUAUUUGGCUGAUCCUGUGGUGUUUACAGUUAAACAUAUCAAGCAGUCAGAAGAAAAUUUCAACCCUAACUGUUCAUUUUGGAGCUAUUCCAAGCGCACAAUGACAGGUUACUGGUCAACACAAGGCUGUCGGCUCCUGACAACAAAUAAGACGCAUACUACAUGCUCCUGUAAUCACCUAACCAAUUUUGCAGUACUCAUGGCACAUGUGGAAGUUAAGCACAGUGACGCAGUCCAUGACCUUCUUCUGGAUGUGAUCACAUGGGUUGGAAUUUUGCUGUCCCUAGUUUGUCUCCUGAUUUGCAUCUUCACGUUUUGCUUUUUCCGUGGGCUCCAGAGUGACCGUAACACUAUCCACAAGAACCUCUGCAUUAGCCUGUUUGUAGCUGAGCUGCUCUUCCUCAUUGGAAUCAAUCGGACUGACCAACCAAUUGCCUGUGCUGUUUUCGCUGCCCUCUUACAUUUCUUCUUCCUGGCUGCCUUCACUUGGAUGUUCCUGGAGGGGGUUCAGCUGUACAUCAUGCUGGUGGAGGUUUUUGAGAGCGAGCACUCGCGAAGGAAGUAUUUUUAUCUGGUGGGCUAUGGUAUGCCUGCUCUCAUUGUGGCUGUGGCAGCUGCAGUGGACUACAGAAGUUACGGAACAGACAAAGUAUGUUGGCUCCGACUUGACACCUACUUCAUUUGGAGUUUUAUAGGACCAGCGACCUUGAUAAUUAUGCUUAAUGUAAUCUUCCUUGGAAUUGCUUUAUAUAAAAUGUUUCAUCACACUGCCAUACUGAAACCUGAAUCAGGCUGCCUCGAUAAUAUCAACUAUGAGGAUAACAGACCCUUCAUCAAAUCAUGGGUUAUAGGUGCAAUAGCUCUUCUCUGCCUGUUGGGCUUGACCUGGGCCUUUGGACUCAUGUAUAUUAAUGAAAGCACAGUCAUCAUGGCAUAUCUCUUCACCAUUUUCAAUUCUCUACAGGGAAUGUUUAUAUUCAUUUUCCAUUGUGUCCUACAGAAGAAGGUACGAAAAGAGUAUGGGAAAUGUCUGCGCACGCAUUGCUGUAGUGGCAAAAGUACAGAGAGCUCCAUUGGCUCAGGGAAAACAUCUGGCUCUCGAACUCCUGGACGCUACUCCACAGGCUCACAGAGCCGAAUUCGUAGGAUGUGGAAUGACACGGUUCGAAAGCAGUCAGAGUCCUCCUUUAUUACUGGGGAUAUCAACAGUUCAGCCUCACUCAACAGAGAGCCCUACAGAGAGACAAAGGGGCUUCUGAACAAUGCCAGGGAUACAAGUGUCAUGGAUACUCUACCACUGAAUGGUAACCAUGGCAACAGUUACAGCAUUGCCAGCGGCGAAUACCUGAGCAACUGUGUGCAAAUAAUAGACCGUGGCUAUACCCACAACGAGACCGCCCUAGAGAAAAAGAUUCUGAAGGAACUCACUUCCAACUAUAUCCCUUCUUACCUGAACAACCACGAGCGCUCCAGCGAACACAACCGGAAUCUGAUGAAUAAGCUGGUGAAUAAUCUCGGCAGUGGAAGUGAAGAUGACGCCAUUGUCCUGGACGAUGCCACCUCCUUCAACCACGAAGAGAGUCUGGGCCUGGAACUCAUUCAUGAAGAAUCCGAUGCUCCUCUGCUGCCCCCACGCGUGUACUCCACAGAGAACCACCAGCUGCACCACUCCACCAGAAGGAGGAUCCCCCAAGACCACAGUGAGAGUUUUUUCCCUCUGCUAACCAACGAGCACACGGAAGAUCUGCAGUCACCCCACAGGGACUCUCUCUACACCAGCAUGCCAGCCCUGGCUGCUGUGCCUGCCUCAGAGGGUGUGACCACCAGCACCCAGACCGAAACCCCCGCGGCCAAAUGUGGUGAUGCCGAAGAUGUUUACUACAAAAGCAUGCCAAACCUAGGCUCCAGAAACCACGUCCAUCAGCUGCACACCUACUACCAGCUAGGGCGAGGCAGCAGUGAUGGAUUCAUAGUUCCUCCCAACAAGGAUGGAACCUCUCCCGAGGGAAGUUCAAAAGGACCUGCUCAUCUGGUCACUAGUCUAUAGAAGACGACACGGAAAUGGAACCCCACAGAACUGCUAACACCACCUUGGACUGUGCUGCCAUGAAUAGAAGCAGUGGUGACUGUGUGUACUCCUGAAUCUUUAUGCUGUUCUCGAAAGACAAACACGAACUCUCUGACUUCUUUUUCUUUUCUUUCUUUCUUUCUUCUUCUUCUUCUUUUUUUUUUAAACUGAGAUUUUUAGCCAGUCCAGGGGAGAAAGGUUAACUGUGAAAGAAAAAAAAAAAACGUCCUCUGGGCCCUCCCCUUCCUUGUCCUUUCCCUUCAGAUGGAGACUUCAUUAUGUUAAUGAAGGAGAUAUGAAGAAACAGCGCUUAGUGUGGCCUUGUUGAAUUCUGUUGUGUUUAACAUCUCUGAUGCUCUGAUACUAUCAUGACAAGGACCUGAAUCUUCCUUCCCUUUUCUUCUUUCUUUCUUUUUUUUGUUAUUGUUGUUGUUUUUGUGAAGGCCAGAACAGUUGUUUGCGAUGAGUAACAAUACUGCGUCUAGAUGGGAGUGCUGCACCAGCCUACGAGCAAAACUGUAUCAUGUAGUCGUUUAUGAUCACUCACCAACCUACAUUCGCCACAGCAAGAAGGGCAGUGGCAAAGAAAAAACAAAGCAACACAAUUAAUCAGAUGGAGGGGAAUUCUAGAAUUAUAUGCUAAGUGCAUAUUUUAUGAUUUGCUGUAUUAACGGAUGAUAAAACUAAUGGCAGAAAAUUGAGCAAUUUCUAUGUAAUGUACAGAUACUAGCAUUGCACAUAUAGUCUGCUUUUCGUUCCUCCAGAAUUUCAGUCCUGUUACUGUAGUGGAAAAAAAAAUUAGGAAUUUUCUUUUUCUUUUGUGCUAGUCUUGCAAGUUUGUCUACCAGUAAAAGAGCAACGCUUUCUUCUUUUACUUCUUUCUUUCCUGCAUUUUCUUUUACCUUUCUUCCCUUUUUUUUCUUUUAAAAUUUCACCUGGCAAAAAUAAAUAAAUAAAUAAAUAAAUGAAACUAUCACUUUAUAAGAAUCAUUUUCUAGUAAUGCAAACAAAUUAUUUUUUACAAAAAAUAAAAUAAAAAUAAAUAAAAUUAGACUUCCUUCCCUCACUAUAUAUCUUUAUCCAGCAGGAAUAUUUCCAACACCAUUUUUGUUUUUGUUUGCAAAUUAGGACAGGAUAGAUUUUUUUUAGUGUUUUCUGGUACAGCUGUUGUAAUGCAAAGCGUAUUUGGCAAGCAAUUCAUCACUAAGACAGUAGCUAUGAUUCUAGAAGCCAAGAGGUGUCAUUAGAACUGGAGGGAUUUCUGCAUGUGAAAAGCGGUAUUCCAUAGACAUUAAAUGUGGAAUUCUGGGUUAAAUCCCCAAGUGGGCACCUGCACUACCAAUUUUUAGAGGAAAUUCACUCCCUCAUAAUAAGAAUUGAAAGGUCAAAUAAUUUUGCAGUGUUUUUUUUUUUUAAGUCUUCUGUUUAUCAACAAGAAAACUUAUUUAUUUGACAGGAUUUUAAGUAAUGUAGGAAUACAAAAGGUAAAUUAGCAGCACAUUUUUUUUAAAUUUAUGAUCCAUUUUGUAUGGUCUCAAAGUUGGAUGACCUCAUUACUAAUAUUUGUUGUAAAAGUGAAACUUGUUUGCCAACCAAUAAACAACUGAUUGAGAUUU